GUUAUCAAUGUUCUACUUUCCAAGGUCGCAAUUGUACAAUACCUUAUUACCUGUACAUCAUCAAUAGGUAUUAUCUUGAGCUCACCAGCCUGCCCCUAUUGACUAAAGCCCCUACGAUUUCGACUGGACCACGUCCUCGCUGCCUAAUUCUAAUUGACUCAUAACGAUGGCGUCUCAGGCAGACUACAAGGACAGGCAGUUCUUAGCUGUCAUUGGGGACGAGGACACGAUCACAGGCUUGCUAUUAGCAGGAAUAGGUCAUGUCACAAACCCUCCGGACUCCCAGAAGAACUUCCUAGUUGUCGACAACAAGACGGAGACAUCAGCUAUCGAAGCUGCCUUUGAGUCAUUUACGACCCAGCGAAAAGACAUCGGUAUCGUAUUGAUUAAUCAACAUGUCGCCGACAAGAUCAGAUAUCGAAUCGAUACAUACACAUCUGCCUUCCCUACUAUACUCGAAAUCCCUAGCAAGGAACAUCCGUAUGACCCUGAGAAGGACAGCGUGCUAAAAAGGGUACGACGUCUUUUUGGAGAGUAAAUAUUAUUUUGAAAGGGGCUUUCAACAACGGUACACUACUCGUACAUAGGGCAAAGGCGGGAUUGUAUUAUAGCCGUCAUUUUCAAGCAUGAUCGGUUUACGAUAUCCA